AUGACUGCCAAGCCCACAGUCCUUCAUCUCGGUGACCCUAUCAAAUACAACCAUGACUUCUACAAGACCGAAUUCCAGUCCCGCUUCAACGUCAUCCAAGCCACAGAAACAGAUCGUGCAUCUUUUAUUAAAGCACUGAAAACCAAGAAAUACGGGGACUUCUCGGCACUAUUCCGUCCACACUUCCAAACGGGCGGAUUCAUGGGCCAAUGGGACUCCGAACUUAUCCCACUUCUCCCAGAUAGUACGCGAAUCUUUGCCUCCGCAGGCGCAGGCUUCAAUUGGGCCGACGUCGAUAUCCUAGGCCAGCACAAAAUCUGGUAUGCCAAUGGCGUCGGAGCCUCAGACGAAGCAGUAUCCGACACAACUCUAUGGAUGAUUCUAGGCGUAUUUCGAAACUUUACUCGCUCCCAACUCGCAGCUAGAACAGCUGAUCCGGCAAUCUUCACGGCGGUUCACAAAGCCACAGCCGAGAUCUCACAUAACCCGCGCGGAAAUGUAUUGGGUAUUGUUGGAUUCGGGAACAUUAGCAAGAAAGUUGCUUUCAAAGCCAGAAUGGCCUUGGGGAUGAAUAUUCAUUAUUUUGACAUUAGACGUGCUGAGUUGGAAGAAGAGAAGACUGUCGAUGCUACUUAUCAUGAGUCAUUAGAGGGUUUGUUGAAGGUUGCGGACUGUGUUACUCUCCAUACGCCUCUUAAUGAGUUUACGCAGGAUUUGAUGAAUGAGAGGACUUUGGCUUUGAUGAAGCCUGGAAGCCGACUUAUUAACACUGCACGAGGAAAGGUGGUGAAUGAGGAUGCUUUGAUACAGGCUCUUGAAAGUGGGCAUCUUGCGGCUGCGGGUUUGGAUGUGCAUUAUCAUGAACCUCAGGUUUCACAUAAACUGGCCAGUAUGGAGAAUGUUACCCUGACGACACAUGUUGCUGGUGGAGCGUUGGAGACACGAGUCAAUUUUGAACUGAAUGCCAUGAAAAAUAUCAUCCAGGUGGUGGGGCCCAAUGGCGAGUUUACAGGAGAGCCUCGUACACCUGUGAACCGGAAGGCUUUCGAGUCAGAGGUAUAA